GGUUUCCUGUCACGGGCUCUCGAGCGGCUGGUUUCCGCUCGGAGACUACCAACACCCACCAGCGACGGACUACAGAGCGCGAGAGAGCGGACGGUAGGAGAUCGAGGGCACGAGCGCAUGAGGGAAGUGGAACCAGAGGCGUAAUCAAAACAUCGCGUGUUGCCCAGUACAGCCGAAUUAAUCUUCACACGCGCUGCCAGGGAUGGGGGACAAGGCGGGUACCAGAGUCUUCAAGAAAUCCAGCCCUAACUGCAAGGUGACUGUGUACCUGGGGAAGAGGGACUUUGUGGACCAUCUGGACCAUGUGGACCCAGUGGAUGGAGUGAUCUUGGUAGAUCCAGAGUACUUGAAAGACCGGAAAGUAUUUGUGACCCUGACGUGUGCGUUCCGGUAUGGGCGCGAGGACCUGGAUGUGCUGGGUCUGUCCUUCCGGAAGGAUCUGCACAUCUCCACCUUCCAGGCCUUCCCGCCCCGGCCAGAGGAGCGCAGACCCCUCAGCCGCCUGCAGGAGAGGCUGCUGAAGAAGCUGGGCCAGCACGCGCACCCUUUUUACUUCACUAUUCCCCAGAACCUGCCCUGCUCAGUGACGUUACAGCCAGGCCCAGAGGACACAGGCAAGGCCUGUGGGGUUGAUUUUGAGAUCAGAGCAUUCUGUGCCAAAUCAGUGGAGGAGAAGAUUCACAAAAGGAACUCUGUGCGCUUAGUGAUCAGAAAGGUGCAGUAUGCUCCAGAGAAGGCCGGCCCACAGCCCAUGGUGGAGACGACCCGCAGCUUCCUAAUGUCUGACCGCUCCCUGCACCUGGAGGCCUCUCUGGACAAGGAGCUGUACUACCACGGGGAGCCCAUCAGUGUUAAUGUGCACGUUACCAAUAAUUCCACCAGAACCGUCAAGAAGAUCAAAAUCUCUGUGCGGCAGUAUGCAGAUAUUUGCCUGUUCAGCACUGCUCAGUACAAGUGUCCUGUGGCUCAUGUUGAGGCUGAUGACCAGGUGUCGUCCAGCUCCACGUUCUGCAAGGUGUACACUCUCACCCCCACACUGACCAGCAACCGGGAGAAGAGAGGCCUGGCGCUCGACGGCAAGCUCAAACACGAGGACACUAACCUGGCCUCCAGCACCAUAGUGAAGGACGUGCCCAAUAAGGAAGUUCUGGGCAUUCUCGUCUCCUACAGGGUCAAAGUCAAACUGGUGGUGUCGCGUGGAGGGGACGUGUCAGUGGAGUUGCCCUUUGUCCUGAUGCACCCCAAACCCACGGAACUGCCCAUCUCUCGACCAGAAUCAGUGGUUCCAGAGCCGGACGCCCCCAUCGACACCAACCUGAUCGAGUUUGAGACAAAUUUCUCUCAGGACGAUGACUUUGUGUUCGAGGACUUCGCGCGACUGCGUCUGAAAGGGAGGAAGGACGAGGAAGACCACUUCUGCUGAGGCUCCGCCCCUGGCCCCGCCCCCCCUGCCAGGGUCAAGAGGGGGGGCGUGGCCAAGCUGCAUCUGUAAAAAAUUUCUUUUUUUUUCUUUUUUACUUUUCCCCCCCAGCCUCCUGGCCUCUCCCUGUACAGCUCUGAUGAUGCACUAAAAUGGCCGACACAGAAAUACUCGCACAGCCUGUCGGCCAUGUUGAGCCUGUCGGCCAUCUUGGCUCUUUUCUUUUCCUGUUGUUGUGUCACAGACAGUGGGAGGGACAGUCUGACAGUCACUGUCUGCUGAGGGAUGAUGGAAAAGCGGGGGAAAUUAGUAUUUGGAUGUUUUUUUUCGGGAUGGCAUGAGUGUGAUUAAUCUGUCCAUCAUCCUGUCAUGACUCACCUGGGAGGGACCAGGAAAACACCGUAACUGUGGAAACGGCUCACAGAGGUCUACUGUAUGGACGCACGCACAUGCACACACACACACACACACAUGCAUACACACACACACACACACACACACAGGCACACUCACUCACACACACACACACACACACACACACGCAGGCACAUACAUACAUACACGCACACAGGUGCGCGCAGGCACACAAUCAUGCAUGUACUGACACAAGCACACACACAUACAGACCUACAUGCUUUCACACACACAUACAAACGCACAUGCAUAUGUGUUAUGCUGUAUAUUAGUGAUUAAAGAGGAGAGAUUUAUGAUUUAUUGUAUAAAUUUGUAAGUGAUCAUGAAGAGGACAGGGCGUCGGGGGUCUGGGGGGAGCCCCAGGGUCUGAGAGGGGCGUGGCCUGAAGGCCAGAAAGCUGCCCGUCCCCCAGCUUCAGAGUGAGAUCUGAGAAUUACCACUGCUUUCUUAUCAUGGGUAUUGUCUUCAUCGCCAGAGGUAUUACUGCAAUUUUAUUUUUAAGUUUGUUUAACAUUUUUUUAAUUAAAGUCAAAGAAUUCAUCUCCACUGC